UUCAUUACUGGCUAACAGUGGAGUCAUGGCAGAGAAAGGGGACCAGACAGGAUCCUGCUGGGAGGACAUGCCUGAUGAAUAUCCUGAACCUCAUGUGGUGAAUGGAAAGGCAGAGGAGGAAUACACCAAUCAUCAGUCGGUCAAAUGCAGCCCCAACCUGCUGCAGAUGCUUAAGGCAGCAGAGAGCAGGAAGACAGCUCAGGGUCGGGACAGAGACGGGUGGUCUGUCCCAGAGGAGUCUGAGACAGGAGAGCUGGUGACUGAAGCGCUGAAGACUGACAUGCCAAUACAGUUCACUGACCAGAAGCAAGAAUUCAACAAGCGUACCUCCAACACUGGUCAUCGCUCUUUGCCUCAUUCCAUCUCACAGUCGUCUACAGAUAGCUACGGUUCAGUGUGCAGUGACAGCUCAGAGGAUGGGUCCUCGCCCAGAGACAAGCCACGGAGGACCUCCAAGGGCCUCUCUGACUUCUGCAUCAAAAACAUCAAACAGGCGGAAUUUGGACGCAGAGAAAUAAUAAUCGCACAGCAAGAAAUGCCAGCACUAAUGAUCCUGAGGAAAGGAGCAGGUGGGGAGAAGCCUCUGGCUGGAGCCCAAGUGGUGGGCUGCACGCACAUCACUGCACAGACCGCGGUGUUGAUUGAGACUCUGUCUGUGUUGGGAGCUCAGUGUCGCUGGGCGGCCUGUAACAUCUUCUCCACUCAGAACGCUGUGGCUGCAGCUCUGGCUGAAGGAGGCACCCCAGUGUUUGCAUGGAGAGGAGAAUCAGAGGACGACUUCUGGUGGUGUAUUGACCGAUGUGUCGGUGCUGAGACCUGGCAGCCCAACAUGAUUAUGGAUGAUGGAGGCGACCUGACCCACUGGAUCCACAAGAAGCACCCGAGCCUGUUCAAGAACAUCAAAGGCAUCGUGGAGGAAAGUGUGACAGGAAUCUAUCGGUUAUACCAGAUGUCAAAGGCCGGCAGGCUGUGUGUCCCGGCUAUUAACGUUAACGACUCGGUGACAAAACAGAAAUUCGACAACCUGUACUGCUGCAAGGAGUCCAUACUGGACGGGUUGAAGAGAACCACUGACAUCAUGUUUGGAGGAAAACAGGUGGUGGUGUGUGGAUAUGGGGAGGUUGGCAAAGGUUGCUGUGCUGCCCUGAAAGCGUUGGGCGCCGUGGUGUACGUCACGGAAGUGGAUCCCAUUUGUGCCCUUCAGGCCUGCAUGGAUGGCUUCAGAGUGAAUAAACUUAGUGAAGUGGCCCGACAGGUAGACAUGGUCGUCACCUGCACAGGCAAUAAAAGUGUGGUGCGAAGGGAACAUCUGGACAGAAUGAAGGACGGCUGCAUACUCUGCAACAUGGGACACUCCAGCACCGAGAUAGAUUUGGUGAGUCUGCGGACUGCAGAGCUGAGGUGGGAGCGUAUGAGGCCGCAGGUGGACCAUGUUAUCUGGCCUGAUGGCAAGAGAAUCGUACUGCUGGCUGAGGGCCGUUUGCUGAAUCUGAGCUGCUCCACGGUGCCCUCAUUUGUCCUCUCCAUCACCGCCACAACUCAGGCUCUGGCUCUCAUAGAGCUGUACAGCGCUCCAGAAGGACGAUACAAACAGGACGUCUACCUGCUGCCAAAGAAGAUGGAUGAAUAUGUGGCUAGUCUUCACCUGCCGACGUUUGAUGCUCACCUCUCGGAGGUGACUGAUGAACAGGCCAAGUACCUGGGCAUCAGCAAACAUGGACCCUUCAAACCCAACGACUAUAGGUAUUAAUUAACCUUCUGGUGGAAACCCCUGAGUCCUGCAGAUAAAGCACUGACACCCUCUACGGGCUCAGUCCUGCCCAGACUCAUUAUUGUGGAGAGACAGUGGACUGUGUCUGUUAUCGUGUGUUACACUGUUCCUGGUUUUAAAUGGUCACAACGUAAUCACAGUGAAUUCUGAAUUGAAACUAAAAGAGUUAAAGUUGAGAGAAACACACAAUGCUGAAUGGCUUUUGUCUAUUCUUCUGCAUGAAAUAAUAACAACACUAUUAGUUAUUGUAGCAGUAACAUAUAUUUAAACUAACAAAAUGGAGAGUAAAAGUUGACAUCUCAAGAAAUAAUCAGCAGUCUUUGUCAUCUGAAUAUCUUCUGAUUUGAGGGUGAAAUAAAGUCUCUUGCUCUAUAAUCCUGAUUUAUAUCUAACAUUAUCACGUUUACCUGAACCUCAUAUUAACCUUAAACGAAGCCUGUGACUGUCUACCAACAGUCAUUUAAAAUGUUGAACAACUGUACUUGAAAAUCAAUUUAUUGCUAGUUGCUAUAAAUCCCAGAUAGUUAGCUGAUUCCUGUUGUUUAAAAUCUGAUGCAUUGUUGAGUGGACCAUCAACACAAAGAAAUGCCCAAAGUUAACAUAUUUGGAUUGAUUUCUAAAAGAUGUUUGCAGUGAAGCAUGCAUAAUAUGAUAUAAUAAAAAAAACAUA